UCUCUCAUGGUUCAUCUUUGGUUGAGCAAAUAAGACAAUUAGAGUUCACACAAGUCAAAGCAAUCCACAAACCUAGAUUCAUUUGUGAAAACAAGUCCAUGAACCUUCUCUUUCCAAUGAAAGCCACUGUCCACGUGAUCUUGCUUGGAGAUUUGUUUAUCAUCUAGUUUAACCUCCCUCUUCUGUCCCUCCCUCCCUCACUUUCCAUGAUGAACACCAUUAGAUGCUGUAUAUCUUGCAUUCUACCCUGUGGUGUCCUUGACGUGAUUCGAAUAGUCCAUGCUAAUGGUCAGGUUGAAGAGAUAAGUGGCAGCAAUUUUAAAGCAGAAGAGAUCAUGAAAUUACAUCCAAAUCAUGUACUAACGAAAACUUCAUCGCCCACCGGUGAAGGGAUUUGCCCAAAGAUUGUUGAAGUUCCUCCUGAUGCAGAACUUCAACGAGGGAAGAUUUACUUCCUGAUGCCAGUGCCAGGAAAAACUCGAUCAAGAUCAUCAACAAAGAGGAAAAAGAAAGAGUCCCAAGUUACUAUUGAGAAGAACAACAACGUUAUCGUCAUGUCUGAUAAAUACUUGAGUGAUAUUCUUAAAGAGAAGGUAUCGACACAAAGGGAUCGAAGAAGAGGGCGUGUUGGCAUAUGGAGACCUCACUUAGAGAGCAUUUCUGAGACACCAACGGAAGCUUAAAUGGAUCCGUUUGAUUGCAAAGAUGGAAUUGAACUAUCAAGAAAGCGAAUUUCAGGGAAUUGUAUUGCCUAUAAUUGUUUUUCUGGGAAUUGUAAAUUAUUGUGUUUGAUUGGUAUAAUUUUUCACGUGGAAAAUUUUGAAAU